UUUUUGAUCCUGUCUUCUCUGAUCCUCCCCUUCUUCCAGUGUCCCCCUCAUAUCUCCAGAUACGGCAUAUUCUGUGGAGACACUCUACACAUGCUUAGUUUGGUUUGUAUUGCUAGAGAGGGUUCAUGUGAUCAGCACAGGGCCAGUCAGCACUGUCCAGACAGAGGUCAGGGGUUCUGCAUCCUCCUAGAGCAGAAAGAAACUCGUCCUACAAGCUUUACUCAGUGCUCUGCUGAAUACUGAUAGGAGUCACAAUACUGCUCUAACUGCUGAUGGAAAAAGGUAUUUAGCAGUUUAUAUUUACUAA